AUGAAAUAUGCAUGGGGAUGGUACUAUGUGAAUAUUCCAGCAGACAAUAAGUCUCAAGAACUUAGCAUUAUUGCUGGUACUGGUCUCAGUUAUGCUGGCGAAUUCCUAGGUGUUAUGGAUGCCCGUUUCUAUGAUAUUCGUUUAGAUGAGAAAACCAACAUAGAAUUAAGAACGGUGAAAGUUUGGGAUUUAUCAUUUGAUUCAUGCAAUGAUGAAACGCUUCAACGAUUUGAAGUAGAACGCAGUUAUUGGACUAAUAUUACUGAUUCGUUCGGUAAUGCCACUAUACCACUUCAUCAAUUGGUUACAUUAAAAACUGACAGUUAUUUGAUCACAAUGGAUUUUAAUAGUGUCGUAAUCAAUUACAACAGAUUAUUGUCUUCUUUUACUAGUUAUGUGUUUUCAGAUUUUGAAGGUAUAGGUGUAUCAACAAAGUUAUUGAUCGUUGAUAAGAAAUCUGAAAAGACGUUGAGGAAUGUCACCGUAAAAAGUGGUGGAUUAGAAUAUGGAUAUCGAUUUAAUAUAACUGUACCACCUGCUCCUAAAUAA